AUGGCCACUCCAGCGCGCUACGCGUAUCCGUUCGCAUCGUCGCCCGACAUCAUCCGGUCACAUCAGAAAGAUGCAUACUUCAGCGGUGUACUCCUGGAACAGCUAUCUACCCUUUUGCGCAAACUGUAUGGCGCACGAUUUGCACACACAUACAUAUCAGAGACACGAGUGAUAGGAGAGCUUUUGUAUCUUGGCCUCACGACAGCAAUAGGGAAUCGGACCUUGGGCGAAGAGUACACCGACAUUGUGCAAGUUGAGAGCGAAAGCGGACAGUUACCAGCGCUAGGGAGAAGAGCAGGAUACAUAUUGAGCUGCAUACUGGGACCAUACUUGCUUGGAAGAGCACUUCCAGCAUUCAGGAGGCGGAUAAGAGCGAAACUGGAAGCAAAUUUGAGAUACUAUGCACGACAACAGGCGCGCGCACAACAGCAGGCAAAGGAGAGCGGCAGCACGAAGCGCAUAUCGAACCCGAUCGCCAUGCGAUUGCAGAACUACAUCCUCCAGAACCUCGACACAAUCACAUCCCCAUCACCGAUAUACGCGCUGUCGCUAGCGACCUUUUACUUCUCCGGAAGCUACUACCACCUCUCGAAACGGAUUUGGGGGCUACGAUACAUCUUCACAAGACAAGUGCAAGAAAGCGACCAGCGCGCAGGAUACGAAGUACUUGGCGUGCUUCUAGUCCUGCAGAUGGCAGUCCAGGGCUACCUGCAUCUGCACAACACCAUGACCAGUGCCCCUAAUAGGGUCACUUCGGAUCUUCCCACGAGCACAUCAGCUAUGGUAGGAGGCGGUGCAGAAGUCAGCCUUGACCCAAACGCAUACAGCGCCAACAACGCGCUGCUAUUCGAUGCCACGUUACCUCCUGCAUCAGCGCCCUCAGAUUUGCAGAAGUGGACGCAUACGCCUGCCGCGGACAAGCCGCGCUACGAGCUGACCGAUGAGGAAACGAUGGGCUGGAUUGGCGGAGGAAACAGGAAGUGCACGCUUUGUCUGGAGGAGAUGAAAGAUCCGAGUGUGACGACAUGUGGGCAUGUGUUCUGCUGGACUUGUAUAAGUGACUGGGCGAGAGAGAAGCCCGAGUGUCCGCUGUGCAGGCAGAGUUGUCUUGUUCAGCAUGUGCUUCCGCUGCGAGGAUGA